AGUUGCACAACGCGUAAACACACAUUUCUGCAGGACGGUAAACCGCACGGGAAAAUAAAGACUGGUAAAGCGGGUAAAAUACACAGCAGCUGGUGGUGAGCGCUCUAAAGCUAGUGAGAAAUGGAAAUAUUUGUGUACCGUGGCGAGUGGGGACUUCCAUCGAUUGACUACGAAUGCAGUCGACUGCUGGCAUAUCUGAAAUUUUCCGGCGCGAAAGUAACGGUCAACUUUAAUGGGAAUCCCUUCAGCUCGCCCAACGGCAUGCUGCCGUACAUGAUAGCGGAUGGCAAGAAGAUCGCCGGCUAUGGCCGGAUCGUUGAGCAUCUGGUAGCGGCCGGGAUAGGGCCACCGACCGCGACGGACAGGGCGGAAAACGUGGCAGACGAAAGUAGCCAGCACGCUACACAGAUCAACGGGUACAUGCAGUAUGUUCAGGAGAAUUUGCACCCCUACUUCAUGUACAUGCUGUGGGGCGAUCCGAAGAACGUCGACACCACGCGCACGGUGUAUGCGAAGCGCAUUCCAAUUCCGUUCAAUUUCUACUGCCCGCGAAAGUACGUGCUGCGCACGAACGAUAUCACGCAAUCGUUGGUUGGGUUUUCGUUAGAGGAUUCGAUCGAAUUUCACGACGUAGCUGAGUUCCAACACAACGCCAAAACCUGCCUAAACUGGGUAGCUGCGAGGCUGGAGGAGAGCCGCUGGUUUACCGGUGACCGGCCGACGGAAGUGGAUGCUUUACUGUACGGGUAUCUGUCGGUUUUGCUAAAGCUUACCCUACCGAACAAUGUACUGCAGAACCACAUCCGCCAGUGUCCGAAGCUAAUGCAGUUCGUCGAUCGAACGACGGCGACGUACUUUGCGAAGGAAGGCUUUAAUAGUUUUACCGCAUCCGGACAUACUGGCAACGGUCAGCAGAAAGGCACCAGCACGGGAACCCCGAACGACACUUCCUCAUCAUCCUCGGCCAGCGGUGGCGAGCGAUCGGAGAAGAGUGGGAAUGAUACAACCUUUCACACCGGUCAGCAGCAAGACCCGGACGAUGGUCCGAAGGAAAGGCGAAAGCGUUACAUUCUGUCAGGAUUAGUGGCCACCGUGGCAAUGCUUGGAUAUGCAGUUCUAAAUGGUAUUUUAACGCUGCCUAGUGAUAGAAGCCAUGGUGAUUUCCUACAAUAUGACGACCCCGGAGACUAUGAUGAUGAUGAUAAUUAAGUAAAGUUAAUAUAGACACACUGCCGCCGUUGUGCUCCGGGAGCCCUUAUAAUCGCGGGGCGGAUAUUCCGUUGUACGCUCAGAAACUCGGAAACUUAGCCGAAUGCUUUCAUGCGUUUACCAGGUAGUCGGUCGCUUAGAUCACGUAAUGCAUCCUAGCUGAAGUUUGUGAACAAGACCACCAAUACCAAAUUGGCCAUCGAGUGCGCCGUCGAGUGAUGAAGCUUACCAUAAAGCGUGUUACACUAUGCGUUAUUACACUUAA